AUGCUAUCCCCAGGCGCGAUUGCCGGCAUAGUCAUCGGCUCGAUAAUCGGGCUCAUCCUCCUAUCUCUACCACUAUGUUGCAUCUGCUAUCGUCGUCGUCUGCGACAUUCGCACGCCGUUGGUGCUGCGCUGCCGCGGCCUACACUAGCCCAGUCUCAGGCUGAACUUGAAGAAUGGGCGUCUCAGCCAUAUCCAGCGCCUCAGCAACCAUGGGGGUCUCAGCAACAAAGCGGUGGUUCAUACGAUUCGUCUGCAGAGCCUGUGAACUUUGGAAGCAUGCAGGUCAAGGGCAUUGCGGAUGUUAGGGAAGGGCGCGAGAGGGAUGAUUGCUUGGUGUAUUUCCUCCCAGCAUUCGCAAACAUCGCGCUGCUUUGA